AUGCCCAUCCGCCCAGCAACCUACGCAGACCUCGUCCCAGCAGCCAAAGUCCUCGCAAAAGCCUUCUUCAACGAACCCCUCUACGGCCAAUACAUGCACCCACACCGCGAGCAGUAUCCCGACGAUGUAUACUUAACCUUCCUCCACAAACUCCGUCUCGCCUGGCUCGGCUCCAUGGAUCAAGUCCUCGUGUCCUAUAAAUCGAAUCCUGAAGAUACCUCGAAAGAAAUCAUCACCGGCUGCGCCCACUGGAAUCGAAUCUCCUCGUCCUCUGGAGACGGAUGGCUCACGACGGCGAAAAUCGCAGCAAUGAAAACCUACUCCUACCUCGAGUCCUUUGCCUAUCCCAACCGCGCAGCGGACCCAUCUCGCCUUCCCAUCCUCUCAGAGGCGGGACCCUACUGCGCUCACUUCUGGACCGGAACCCGCUCCGAAGUCUGGGACCUCGUGCUGCUUGGCGUUGACCCUUCCCAAGGACGGCAAGGUUUCGGGAAGGAAUUGGUGGCGUGGGGCUUUGAGAAGGCAAAGGGGGAGGGCGUGGGGUGCAGUGUGACGAGUUCGCAGGGGAAUGAGGGCUGGUAUCAGAGGUGUGGGUUUGAGACGUUGGUGGGGUGGGUGGGUGAGCAGGGCGGGAUGCGAAAUCCGAUUAAGAGGGAGGGGAUUCCCGGGGGUGCGGUGUUGUUUUGGGAUAAUGGGAGGGGGACUGAGGGGGUUGAGGAGUAUGUGGAGAAGUGA